AUUUUGAAAGAAAGGAUGGAAGAGCAUUCCAGGCUCUGGGGAAAGGUAUACCAUGUGUGGACGAGUGAAGCUCUUUGUCGAGGGCGCGUGGUGAGAGUCCCCGCCGGGAGCCUGGUGCGGGUGGUGGGCACCGAGCUGGUCAUCCCCUGCAAUGUCAGCGAUUACGACGGCCCCAGCGAGCAGAACUUCGACUGGAGCUUCUCGUCUUCGGGGGGCAGCUUCGUGGAGCUCGCCAGCACCUGGGAGGUGGGCUUCGGGGCCCAGCUGUACCGGGAGCGCCUGCAGAGGGGCGAGAUCCUUCUGAGGCGCACCGCCAAUGACGCCGUGGAGCUCCACAUCAAGGACGUCCAGCCCUCCGACCAAGGCCACUACAAGUGUUCCACCCCCAGCACGGACGCCACCGUCCAGGGCAACUAUGAGGAUACAGUGCAGGUGAAAGUGCUGGCCGACGCCCUGCACGUGACCGCCAGCCCGCUGUCCUCCCCGGUGGACACCGUGGGGAGCGACGGCUACCGCCUCUCCGUGAACCGGGCCCUGGCCGCCGACCAGGGCACCUACAGGUGCGUCGUCAGCGAGUGGAUCGAAGAGCAGGGGGCCUGGCAAGAAAUCCAAGAAAAAGCCGUGGAUGUGGCCACCGUGGUGAUCCAGCCAACAGUUCUGCGAGCCGCCGUGGGCAGGAACGUGUCUGUGGCUGAAGGCAAGGAGCUGGACCUGAGCUGCAACAUCACAACCGACCGAGCGGAUGACGUCCGCCCCGAGGUGACGUGGUACUUCAGCAGGACGCCUGACCGCACUGUGCCGGGCCCCCACGUGUUGGCACGGCUGGACCGCGAUUCCCUGGUGCACAGCUCUCCUCACGUCGCGUUGAGUCACAUGGAUGCUCGCUCCUACCAUUUAUUGGUUCGAGAUGUUAGCAAAGAGAACUCCGGCUACUAUUCCUGCCACGUGGCGCUCUGGGUACCGGGGCAUAACAGAAGCUGGCACAAGGUGGCAGAAGCCACGUCCGCCCCAGUGGGGGUGGAUGUGACCUGGCUCGAGCCAGACUAUCAGGUGUACCUGAACGCCUCCAAGGUCCCCGAAUUCUCCGACGACCUCACGGAGCUGGAGUGUCGGGUGGUGGACAAGAGGAGCAUGGAGGGGAGCGUCCGUGUCACGGUGUCCUGGUACUACAGGAUGAACCGGCGCAACGACGACGUGGUGACCAGCGAGCUCCUCGCAGCCAUGGACGGGGACUGGACGCUCAAGUACGGAGAGAGGAGCAAGCAGCGGGCCCAGGACGGAGACUUUAUUUUCUCUAAGGAGCGUGCGGACACGUUCAGUUUCCGAAUCCAAAGGACUACAGAGGAAGACAGGGGCAAUUACUACUGCGUGGUGUCCGCCUGGACCAGACAGCGGAACAGCAGCUGGGUGAAGAGCAGGGAUGUCUUCUCUAAACCUGUCCACAUAUUUUGGGCCUCAGAAGAUUCCGUGCUCGUGGUGAAGGCGAGGCAGCCCAAGCCUUUCUUCGCUGCCGGAAAUACAUUUGAGAUGACUUGCAAAGUGUCUUCCCAGAAUAUCAAGUCGCCGCGCUACUCUGUUCUCAUCACGGCAGAGAAGCCUGCGGGCGACCUCUCCAGUCCCAACGAGACCAAGUACAUCAUCUCCCUGGACCAGGACGCCGUGGUGAGGCUGGAGAACUGGACAGAUGCCUCCCGGGUGGACGGCGUCGUGCUGGAGAAAGUGCAGGAAGACGAGUUCCGCUAUCGGAUGUACCAGACUCAGGUGUCGGAUGCGGGGCUGUACCGCUGCGUGGUGACAGCCUGGUCUCCUGUCAGGGGCAGCCUGUGGCGAGAAGCAGCAACCAGUCUCUCCAAUCCUAUUGAGAUAGACUUCCAAACCUCAGGUCCUAUAUUUAAUGCCUCCGUGUAUUCAGACACGCCCUCAGUCAUCCGGGGAGAUCUGAUCAAAUUGUUCUGUAUCGUCACUGUCGAAGGAGCAGCCCUGGACCCAGAUGACAUGGCCUUCGACGUGUCCUGGUUUGUGGUGCACUCCUUCGGCCUGGACAAGGAUCCCAUCCUCCUGUCCUCGCUGGACCGCAAGGGAAUUGUGAGCAUGGCCCGCAGGGACUGGAAGAGCGACCUCAGCCUGGAGCGCGUGGGUGUGCUGGAGUUCCUGCUGCAGGUGCACGGCUCCGAGGACCAGGACUUCGGCAACUACUAUUGCUCCGUGGCUCCCUGGGUGAAGUCGCCGACGGGUUCCUGGCAGAAGGAGGCGGAGAUCUCCUCCAAGCCCGUCUUUAUAACUGUGAAGAUGGACGUGCUGAACGCCUUCAAGUACCCGCUGCUGAUCGGCGUCGGCCUGUCCACCGUCGUGGGGCUCCUGUCCUGCCUCAUCGGGUACUGCAGCUCCCACUGGUGCUGCAAGAAGGAGGUGCAGGAGACCCGGCGCGAGCGCCGCCGGCUCAUGUCCAUGGAGAUGGACUAACAAGGUCGGCGCCCGGCCGGGGCAGCGACACGGGGACGGACGGUCUCGGAGCGAUUGGGGCAGGAAGAGGACGGUGAUGUUCUGACGUGAAGUGUGUCACACUAAAACCCAGUCCUCGCUCAUCUCAGGUGGGACUCGGCGCGCUCUCCUCUGCACGUGGAGUUGGAGCGCGGACACGUUUACCAGCACACAGCUUCUCUUCCCACGGCACUUUCUGAGGACGGUCGCGCGUGUCUUUUCCCGACGGCGGCUUUUUCAUGGUUAACCUCUGUCUAAUUUUUUUCUCCUACUGGUUUAUUGAUCUCUGGCUUGUGUGUGUUUAUAGCUUUUGUCCCGAAGGGUUGCGGUGAGGGCGGGGUGAGGGCGUUCGGAGUUCUUUGUCCUGGGUGAGAGCCGGCCGGCUCCGGGGUGGGAGGCAGGUGUUAGGAGGAGGGUGGCCCUCCACGCCGGCCCAGGGACAACACAGACCUGUGCCCAGGGCGAAUGUGUGGCCUUGACCCCCCCUGCCCGGCCCCUGUUUUCAGGGGCUUAGACCACAUUGGGAAUCUGAACUUGCGGUAUGUAGCUUCGCAUCGAGCCCAGACGCAGAUUUUGGUUUUUUGCCUCUCUGCCCCCUUUCCAUUUCUUUGCUCUUUGCUUUCUGUGAGCGCGCUGAGAAUGGCAGCCCUGGAAUUUAGGAUUUGGCUCUCCACCAAGCACCUUAUCAUGCCACCUUAGCCUUAAGAAUGAACAUGAAGAAAAAUACACAGCCACUCGGACCAGGGCAGGGAGAAGGUCUGCAAGGAAGAGGAGGCUGUGGACAAGGGAAGGAACAGACGCUGCAAUCGAGCGGAGGCCACUGGGCCUCGCGGGGGGGCCCCAGGGAGAGAGCGGAAGGCGGAUCCUGAGAGUUAGGUUUCUGCAGCUCGUGCCGGGAGGGUCAGGGGUGUGUCAGGCGGAAGAAGCCACCUCCAGUCCCCAGUCCUGUCCUUUGCAGGAGGCAAAGGCCUUGGACACCCAGGGACGGCCAGGGGGACCCACAGGUACCCCCCUCCCCUCCUUCCGAGGCUGCUUGGUCUCCUUAACGUGAAGGACUCUUGCUGCUUGGAGACUGGCUGACUUCACGGGAUCAGAAAUCGCCGGGAAGAACCGAGUGUUUUCUCUGGCCUUGUCCGCCCUGGCAGGUCUGUGAGAUCCCCUGCGAGGGCUGGUGAGAGAGCUGGCCUCUGGGAUGCUUGCUUUCCUGUUAGGAACAUGAAGGAAACCCAGCAACGCAUUGCCCUGGGAACAGCCUACCUACAAAGGAGAUCUGAGAGCAGUCUCUAUGGCCCGACUGCUCGUACCAGGAAUAGGACAACGGACCAAAAGAGACCUUCCGCCCUGGCACAGGGCCGGCCUUUCGGAGGCUUCCCCGUGGGGCCCUGAGGCUCGGCGGUGACGCCCACCCUGCAUUGCACUCCUCCGUGCUGCUGCGUGGCUCCGAAGGAUCUGACACUCCCCUGUCUUCCGAAGGGGAAAAAAAGACACGUUGGUUCUGAGCAAUAAAGUAAUACGAAACGAUGGCCA